GGCACUGUCCAUGUCGCACAAAUUUUGUGUUGAUUUGUGUUCAAAAUAUUUUUUUUGUGAUUAUUAUUGAAAUUGUCAAUUACUUCUCUGCAUUUUACCGGUGCAGAAACUUCGUAAUAUCGUUUUUUUGGCAUGAAAUCUUAACACGACACUCACACAAGAGAAAGAGAAGAAUUCACAUCACAUAAUAUGGGUAUCGCUCAUGUGAAGAAGUCUAAACCUUCAAGUUUAGAUCGGACGUCCAAGGAGGAUAUACCUGCCAGUAAAUUCAAUAAAUCACAAAUGGGUUUAACAUAUUUUGAUAAAACAUCACAAUCACGUAAAGAAGAAGAGUAUGCCCAGAAGAAAACCAUUGAUUUGCAGGCAAUAAAAGCACGAGUCGACAAGAUACAUGUGGACGGACUCAUACGAACGAAAGACGAUAUAAUCAAGUCGCAAGUGACGGACUUGUUUAAAGCGAAAAAUUUUGAAGAUGUUAUUAUAUCUGCCUACAAAGUACGGGAGCGGCUGGACGCUCUGGAGUGCUUUAAACACGUCGGAGUUUUCAUCGACACUAGUCAAGGUUCUGAAGCCACCCCUGAUGGUGUCGAAGUAACGUUCUCGGUACGCGAGAUGAAACGCGUAUCCGGCGAGAUCAAGACGAUGGUUGGUAACAACGAGGGAUCGUUGCUUAUCGGCGCAAGGAUGCCAAAUCUGUUUGGCAGGGCGGAGCGCCUCCGAAUGGAGUAUUCGUAUGGUAGCAAAAGUUCGGCCAACUUCAACGUCUCCGCCACGAAACCUUUUCCACAGAGCUUAUAUAACGCAGUAUUAACUGCUACUGCAUUCAGCACGACGCACGACUUCCCGUGGUCCGGCUUUAAGCAGAACGACAAGGGACUUCUCUUCGAUGUGGAACUGAAUCCAACGGAUACCUCCAGACACAAUAUACAAUACGAAGCUGCAUUUAGGAAUAUAACGUGUUCGAAACAAGCGGCCUUCCGCGUUCGGGAGCAGUGCGGGCCAAAUUUGAAAUCCGCGUUGAGAUACAUUUGGACGAAGGAUAGAAGGGACUCCCCCAUAUUUCCCGUCAGUGGGAGCCUUAUGCGAUUAACAACGGAGAUGGCUGGACUGGGUGGCGAUAUAGGUUUCUUAAAGAAUGAACUUAAUAUACAGAGUAACUGGUCGAUGAAUGAAUAUGUAACAUUCCAGCUGGGUCUUCAAUGUGGAUUAUUGAAUGCGAUCAGUAACGACAUGAAAAUAAAUAUCGCCGAUCACUUCUUUUUGGGCGGCCCGUUGAAUCUCCGAGGAUUCGACAUGAGGGGAUGCGGACCGCGUUGCGACGGAAAUUCCGUCGGCGGCGAGAUGUACUGGGCGGCUGCUCUUCACGUGUACACGCCACUUCCCUUCAGACCUGGCCGCGAUAGUUUCGGCAAUCUAUUUAGGUUGCACGGUUUUAUCAAUGGUGGCAAUCUGUCCAAUUUCACCUUCACGUACAACAAUCUCUACAAGGAAAACAUGAAGAUAUUCACGGAGAAUGUCCGCUGCGCCGCCGGCUGGGGUCUCGCGAUGAAACUGGGAAAUAUCGCUCGGAUAGAAUUGAAUUUAGUUACACCACUGUUGUUCAUGAGGAGCGAUGUGCUCCAGCAAUUUCAAUUUGGUAUCGGUGUACAGUAUCUCUGAGCAUUUCUUAUAUUGCAGUAGUCUAUGUGUCUUGUGUUAUCUCUUGUACGGUGAAUUUGACUCUAUAAAUGAGACUAGAGAGAUUACGUGUGUCAAGUGUUUCUGAUACUUAUCCGAAACGUGACAGAGGGAGAGUCCAGGUGCAAAAUAUUUGCAAUAAAGUCGAAUGCUGAAGCCUAUUACUUUUUCUGGCCUUCGUGUAACCUUAACUAGGUGGAACGACGAUUGUCCGAAUUCUACUUCACGAAGGACGCGAAAAGUUAGUCUUUUUUAAUGUAAAAAAUAAGGAACAGCAAGCCUACAAAAUUAAGAAUUCGUGUAAUCAAAUUUAUAUUUCGAUUUCAUGUAAAAGAAAUUAAGUUUCAUCGAUAUUUUUAAUUCGCUUAUUUUCCGAAUUAUUUUUUCCUUUCAAAAUCAAAAUUUAUCGAUGUAAUAACGACAUAAUUAUGUGAUUGAAUGUAAUGUUUUCAAAAGAAUAUAAAACAAUUUUAUUA